CCCCAAUUAAAAACACUGUUUAUAGAACUCUACAAAACCCUAGAACCCACAAAAACGCACAUGUUAAGCCAAAAGCAUUUUUAAAGAAUUUCUUAUUGAAUUACAUUACCUGAGAUUUGGAAUCGCUGUGAUCAUCAGCACGAGGUGGAGGAGCGGAGCUACCAUAGUUACCGUUAUCAAAAUCCGUACCGUCCUUUUCUUAUAGCUAAAAUGUUUUGGAGGUUUUUUUUUUUUUUUUUUUUUUUUCCUAUAAAUAUUUGGGUAAUAGAUAACUGAGAUUGAUAGAGACAGUAGAUUUUGAGAAAUCUAGGACAUGGAAUUGGGUUUUAAAUAUGGACCUGGAAACUGUAAUUCUCUAACUGUAAAAUCCAACUUCGUGUUAUGGUAUUUUGGUUAUUUUGUAAAUUGUGAUUGAGGUGGUGGUUAGAUACCAAGGUGGGUUUUAAGUGAAAGCUUAAACCCUAGUCUGAUUUUUGCUAAAUUUUGUAAACCAAACCAACUUCUAGCAAUUUGUAAAUAAUGCAGCAACCUCGUUUCAAUUCUUAUCCUCCGUCUCAACUUCCCAGUCAAAUUCAACCCAUCAACAACAGCAAUACUACUGCUCCUGUUAAUCCGCAGGCUUCUCUAGCAAAUUUAUGCAACAUGCUGCAGAAUUCUAUGCCUAUGCAAAUGCAAAUGCAGCAACAACCUCAACUUGGUAUUAUUAUGAAUCCUCAAAUUCAAUUUCCUUUCAACAAUAAUUCCAGUGUCUCACCUUUCAUCACUCAAAAUCAAUUUGGUUUACCUCAACUGGGUUUUUCUCCACUGAAUCAUUUAAACCAUCUGAAUACUGUUCCCAUGUUUGUCAAUCAAUUCAACCCAUCCCAACUUCAACCCCAACAAUUCCCCUUUAAUUUCCCUCAACAGCUCAAUCAUAAUAUGGGUUUCCCCAAUCUCCAAAAUAUGAAUCCUCCACUGCCUAUUCAAAUGCCAAAUCUUUCUCAACCUGUUGCCCCUCACAAUCCCAACCUUUUUCCUAUUGGGCACCAACCUAACACAACUCAGCAAGCAAAGGGAAGCACAUGCUCAAUGCCGCAAAUUCAGAACUCACCACACUUUCCUUCAUUUAAGCAGCAGGGUAAUCCUAUUAAUAAUGGCCAGAAUAGUAGUUCAAGUUUCAAGUGGAAAAGAUUUCCAAACAAAGACUUCAAAAAGAAUCCAAAGCAAGAGUCGUCAAAAUUGGGGUAUCAGAAGUCUCAAUUCCAUCAUAUGAAUAAUGGAAAGAGGAAGUUUGGUGAACACAAUGGUAAAGGGAAUGGCUAUGAGAGGGCCACAAAAGCUGGUCGCACUGUUCCUACUGGGCAAGCUAGGGAAACAAAAAGGUCUCCGGCUUUGAUCUACACAGAACAAGAAAUCAAACUAUGGCGUGAAGAGCGUAGGAAAAACUUCCCGUCAAAAGCUAACAUAGAGAAGAUGUGCAGUGAAAGGGUAACGAACUCUGGUGGCAUUGAUAAGGAAGCCAAACUACGUCGAGAGCGGCUCAAGGAGAUAUUAGCAAAGCAGGCUGAGUUGGGAGUUGAAGUUGCAGAAAUACCAUCACACUACCUGUCAGAUUCAGAGAAACAAGUAAAGGUAAAGAAAGAUAGUAGAAGGUCUGCUCCUAAGAAGGGGAGAUCCCGGCACAAGCAUGAUAGAAGAGGACGAUAUAACAAAAAGGAUGGGUUGACCCAGCAGAAUACAUUAGCAAAAAAGGAUUCAUCUAAUGGGUCUUCAUUCAGCAGAACGAAGCCAACACUUUUGCAAAAGCUUCUGAGCGCAGAAGUAAGAAAAGAUAAACACCACUUGUUGCAGGUUUUUAGGUUCAUGGUGAUGAACUCUUUCUUUGACGAUGGACCGGAGAAGCCUUUGAAAUUUCCUUCAGUAGUAGUCAAGGAAGAUGAGGUGGUAGCAGAAAAAACAUCUAUUACUGGGAAGGGUAUUUCUGAAGUUAGCAACAAAACAGCAGUCGAAAAUUCUGGUCAUGUUGGCGAUGGUGAUGAAGAUGAUGACAGUGCUGAUGAUGAUGGUGAUAAGCAUGGGGUUCGAGUGGGACAAGGAACGAGUUAUGCCAAGGCAAAGUUUACUCUUGAUCAAAUUGACAACAGAACUGAAGGAGAAGAGGGAGAAAUCAUAGAUUAAGAUUGCUUCUCUCUUACAUAGAUUCGUAGCUGUGUGCUCUUUAUGUUAAUUGUGCAUUCCGUCUAUUAGCUUGUCAACAAUAUGAAUUGGGUUAGAGUGAAGAAACGAGAGUAUGAUUGAGAGACUUGAGACAAAGCUGAUCAAUUAGUAGGAACAGGCGGCUGUAUCUCAUGGCAAGGACUUUCUUUUUUGGGCUUUAGAAUGGACUGUUCUUUUCCCGUCUGAUAAACCUUUCAGCUUUUAACUCAAAAAAAUAGCCACAUUUGAUAUUGGCCAAAAGUAUAAGCACUCCCCUGAUGUGGUUAAUUUGGACUCUCUGUAAUUUUUGUUGUUUUUUUAAAGGGAUUACAUAAUAAAAUACUGUUUUUUAAUAUAAUAUAAUA